CGUACGCAUGCGACAACGGGUCGUGCCAAAUGCAAUUUCUGCUGGACCUGAUGUAGAAAAGUAUCAUUUAUUAGCUAAAUUCUACAUCAAAUUGAUUCUAAAUUUCGACUGAAACUUACAGAAACAAACAUGGGAAAGGAAAAGUCUGCUGAUGUCGAGAUGGUCGACGCCACAGUGAAAGUAAAUGGAGAAACUGGACCGGUCGAAGAAGCCCCAUCGAAGAAAGAAACCGAUAUGAUCACACUCGACGAUUUCAAGGAGCAUGUUAAACACAUAGAAAAAGCUGUGUCGUCCAAGGAAAAGAACUACAUGUCAAGGGUCGUCAGGGCAUUGACCUCGUCAAGACGUAAAUUGAAUCAUGGAGUACUGCGUAAACUCAUCAUGGGUUACUUCUCUAGCGCAAGUGCAGCCAGAGAGAAGCUCAUCACAUAUUUAGACGAGCCAAUGGAUACAACGGAUAACAACAUAAUCUUUCGUCCUCGGAGUAGCAAGACCUCCAACGGUCAACUUCUGCCGGAGCUUGAUGUUUAUGUUCACCUUCUGGUCGUUGUCCACCUUCUUGACACAAAGAGAUAUGAUGAGGCUGUAAAGUGUUCAGACCUUCUGAUGUCAAAGAUUGAUGCCCAGAACAGACGCUCUCUAGACCAACUCUCUGCCAAGGCUUACUUCUACCACUCCAGGGCGUAUGAGCUCACCGGUCAACUGGAUAAAGUCAGAAGUUUCCUGCAUGCCAAACUGCGCACCUCUACCCUCAGACACAACAAUGAAGCCCAAGCUACCCUCCAGAACCUGCUCCUGCGCAACUACCUCCAUUACAAUCUCUACGAUCAGGCAGACAAACUGGUUUCCAAGUCUACCUUCCCUGAAGAGGCAUCAAAUCAUGAAUGGGCGAGGUUUCUCUACUACCUCGGUCGUAUUAAGGCAAUCCAGUUGGAAUACUCAGAGGCACAUAAGAAUCUCUUACAAGCUUUACGAAAAGCACCACAAUACACAGCUUUAGGCUUCAAACAGACAGUUCAGAAGCUGGCUAUAACUGUACAGCUGUUACUUGGAGAGAUUCCAGACAGAGCCGUCUUCAGACAGAAGUUUUACCAGAAGGCACUCGCACCGUACUUGCUUCUUACACAGGGUGUGAGAACAGGAAAUCUGCAUCUGUUCAACCAGACUCUUAAGGACUUUGCUCCUAAGUUCCAAUCUGAUGGUACCUACACCCUGAUUGUAAGACUUCAUCACAAUGUGAUCAAGACAGGAGUGCGUAUGAUAAGCCUCUCUUACUCAAGAAUCUCCUUAUCGGAUGUUGCCAGGAAGCUACAGCUUGAGAGCCCUGAAGAUGCAGAGUUUAUUGUUGCUAAGGCAAUCCGAGAUGGAGUAAUCGAAGCAAGUAUAGAGCAUGAGAAAGGAUAUGUUCGCUCCAAGGAGACUGUAGAUAUUUACUCAACAAGAGAACCAAUGGCCGCCUUCCAUCAGAGAAUCAGCUUCUGUCUUGAUAUCCACAAUCAAGCUGUCAAGGCAAUGAGGUUUCCUCCUAAGUCAUACAACAAAGACCUGGAAUCAGCUGAGGAACGUCGAGAGAGGGAGCAGCAAGAUUUGGAGCUGGCCAAGGAAAUGGCCGAUGAUGAAGAAGACAGUUUCUAAGAAGGUUGUGAAGCACUCUAAUUCCCUGCCUCCACUUACUUGGAACUACAAGGAUGACAUAUACCUCUCUGUCCCCCCCCCCCCCCCCCCCCAACCCAACCCCAACUCCAAACCGAAGAGUACUGCUUCAUACUUUAUGCAAAGAUAAAGAAAACUAGAACCAUCUGUGACAAAUGAUUAAGGUUUCCCACAUUAACACCUGGGCCCAAUUUCAUAAAGCUGUUUUUGCUAGCCGAGCACCAGCCACGAUAAUGCAAACUUAAUGUUAUUUGGGCUGGUAACCUGAUCCUGCUAAGCAACAUUAUUCUGUGUUUAGCAAGUUUUGUGCUAACAGGCUUUAUGAAAUAGAGCCCUGCUCAAUGAAUUAGAAUUUGGGCAAAACUUCAAAAUUUCAUAAAGCUGUUAGCAAAAACUACUACAUGUACUUAGAAAAUUUCUUUGCUAAGCAAAAAAA